AUGAGAAGGAGGCAAGGAAAACAAGGCAAUGAGAAGGAGGCAAGGAAAACAAGGCAAGGAAAACGAGGCAAGGAGAAGGAGGCAAGGAGAAGGAGGCAAGGAGAAGGAGGCAAGGAGAAGGAGGCAAGGAGAAGGAGGCAAGGAGAAGGAGGCAAGGAGAAGGAGGCAAGGAGAAGGAGGCAAGGAGAAGGAGGCAAGGAGAAGGAGGCAAGGAGAAGGAGGCAAGGAGAAGGAGGCAAGGAGAAGGAGGCAAGGAGAAGGAGGCAAGGAGAAGGAGGCAAGGAGAAGGAGGCAAGGAGAAGGAGGCAAGGAGAAGGAGGCAAGGAGAAGGAGGCAAGGAGAAGGAGGCAAGGAGAAGGAGGCAAGGAGAAGGAGGCAAGGAGAAGGAGGCAAGGAGAAGGAGGCAAGGAGAAGGAGGCAAGGAGAAGGAGGCAAGGAGAAGGAGGCAAGGAGAAGGAGGCAAGGAGAAGGAGGCAAGGAGAAGGAGGCAAGGAGAAGGAGGCAAGGAGAAGGAGGCAAGGAGAAGGAGGCAAGGAGAAGGAGGCAAGGAGAAGGAGGCAAGGAGAAGGAGGCAAGGAGAAGGAGGCAAGGAGAAGGAGGCAAGGAGAAGGAGGCAAGGAGAAGGAGGCAAGGAGAAGGAGGCAAGGAGAAGGAGGCAAGGAGAAGGAGGCAAGGAGAAGGAGGCAAGGAGAAGGAGGCAAGAAGAAGGAGGCAAGGAGAAGGAGGCAAGGAGAAGGAGGCAAGGAGAAGGAGGCAAGGAGAAGGAGGCAAGGAGAAGGAGGCAAGGAGAAGGAGGCAAGGAGAAGGAGGCAAGGAGAAGGAGGCAAGGAGAAGGAGGCAAGGAGAAGGAGGCAAGGAGAAGGAGGCAAGGAGAAGGAGGCAAGGAGAAGGAGGCAAGGAGAAGGAGGCAAGGAGAAGGAGGCAAGGAGAAGGAGGCAAGGAGAAGGAGGCAAGGAGAAGGAGGCAAGGAGAAGGAGGCAAGGAGAAGGAGGCAAGGAGAAGGAGGCAAGGAGAAGGAGGCAAGCAGAAGGAGGCAAGCAGAAGGAGGCAAGCAGAAGGAGGCAAGCAGAAGGAGGCAAGCAGAAGGAGGCAAGCAGAAGGAGGCAAGCAGAAGGAGGCAAGCAGAAGGAGGCAAGCAGAAGGAGGCAAGCAGAAGGAGGCAAGCAGAAGGAGGCAAGCAGAAGGAGGCAAGCAGAAGGAGGCAAGCAGAAGGAGGCAAGCAGAAGGAGGCAAGCAGAAGGAGGCAAGCAGAAGGAGGCAAGCAGAAGGAGGCAAGCAGAAGGAGGCAAGCAGAAGGAGGCAAGCAGAAGGAGGCAAGCAGAAGGAGGCAAGCAGAAGGAGGCAAGCAGAAGGAGGCAAGCAGAAGGAGGCAAGCAGAAGGAGGCAAGCAGAAGGAGGCAAGCAGAAGGAGGCAAGCAGAAGGAGGCAAGCAGAAGGAGGCAAGCAGAAGGAGGCAAGCAGAAGGAGGCAAGCAGAAGGAGGCAAGCAGAAGGAGGCAAGCAGAAGGAGGCAAGCAGAAGGAGGCAAGCAGAAGGAGGCAAGCAGAAGGAGGCAAGCAGAAGGAGGCAAGCAGAAGGAGGCAAGCAGAAGGAGGCAAGCAGAAGGAGGCAAGCAGAAGGAGGCAAGCAGAAGGAGGCAAGCAGAAGGAGGCAAGCAGAAGGAGGCAAGCAGAAGGAGGCAAGCAGAAGGAGGCAAGCAGAAGGAGGCAAGCAGAAGGAGGCAAGCAGAAGGAGGCAAGCAGAAGGAGGCAAGGAGAAGGAGGCAAGGAGAAGGAGGCAAGGAGAAGGAGGCAAGGAGAAGGAGGCAAGGAGAAGGAGGCAAGGAGAAGGAGGCAAGGAGAAGGAGGCAAGGAGAAGGAGGCAAGGAGAAGGAGGCAAGGAGAAGGAGGGUCAGGUACCUAUGGGACCACCCACUUACGAAUGUCACUCACGAUGGGGAACACCAGCAGCGAGGAAGGAAAUAACAUGGGGUCUCAGUGUGCCACCACGCGAUCUGAGCUAA